UGGUGAAUCGCCCGUCGGAAACAUCAAAAUGGCGUAUGUGAAUGUUGCAGAAUGGAAACCGGACCAAGUUACCGAUUGGCUUAAAGGAUUGGACAGCGUUAUUGUGCCAUACAUUCAUUCAUUUCUCAACAAUCAAGUGAAUGGACAACAGUUGCUCAACCUUGGUCCGGAUGAUCUUGAACAUUUUGGAGUCUUCAAGUUGGGACACCAAGAACUUAUUCUAGAAGCUGUUGAACUUCUUAGGAAUUUUCACUAUGAGCUGGACAGGGAGACUCUGCAGAUGUUGGCACUGCGACUGUCGUGUCUGGCACACAGUCUUCACAAUGAGUUGAGCCACAACCACAUGGACGCCACAUUGGUGUCCACUCAGACGUUGGCAGAUGUGGCCAACAUUGCGGCUGCUGUACAACCUCUGGCGGGAUGGCUUGACAGACCCCCGUUCUCAGGCCAACUGGACUACUGCAGCCGCAAGUCAGAACUCUUGUCAUUGGCUCUGGAGAUGGCCACGUCUGCUCAGAGGGAUAGGUUUGCCGAGCGUCCAGUAGAGGAGCUGCGGGUUAACUCGUCCAAGAUGGCCGUCCUUGCUGACUCCAUCAUACGGGACAUCCAAGACCCCCUGUUGCUGCAACCUGCCUCCUUGGAGUUGGUUACGCUCAAGAAACGUUCUUCUGACGAUUUGGGUUUCUACAUAGUUCCUUCAUUCUAUGGCGUACACCAGAUAGGAGCCCUGAAACUGAACAGUGCUGCUCAUCAAAGUGGCAAGCUGGAACCUGGUGAUGAGAUUGUACAGAUCAACUAUCAGACUGUGGUUGGAUGGCAAGUGAAGCAGGUAAUGGCAUUGUUUGAGGAGUCUCCUACAGAAGUGCUUCUGACAAUCAAGAAACGGCCGAGGCAUACCAAAGUGUACGGCCAAAUAUACAUGAAGCCUUACCGACUGCCGAGCCGUAAACGAGCUGUACAGAACUCCUUCGCUCGGUGGACUGAGAAUCUGCCUUCCCCACGACCUGAGCUCUUCACCAUACCUCAGAUCCAACUGCCCAUUGCGAAGUCAGUCUCCGUAGAGUCUACAGUGAGUGCAGGCCAGUUGCCCAGCAGUUCAGAAGAAGAGGGGGAGGGACUGGAGGGAGAUGGAGCGUCUUCCCCCACCUCUGCCCGUCUGUACCUGCCCAAGCCUCGACUGCCUGUGCAGCGGCGAGCUACCAUCACAGGCGCUAGUCCACUCAGCAAACGGGCACCUGUCAAUCUGCAACAGUUCUGGGAGGAGUUGAAGUUGGAACGUGAGUGGCGAGGGAUGGGAGGAGGUGGAGAAAAACCCAAGGUCGCACAACUGAUACAAGACUGUGAAUCAAGAGUGUCUGGACCCAGGAAGUACAGCAGUUUUGACAACUUGAAGGAUAGAAAUACUGGCUACUUCUUGAAAGAUUCAAAGCCUGAUGUUGUCAGUUCUUGUCAAGACAGACUGAAAUCCGCAGGGAGUGAUGAUACUUUCAAAACAGCCGAGACGUCAGAGGGGAAGUCAUCUUGUAGUGAUGUCACCACACUAGACAGUGCCAGGAGGUUAUCAGUUGGUAGUGAGGAAGGCAAGAGUGAUGCUCCUGAAAUAACAGGGAGUGACGACGUGUUCAAAGUAGUCGAUAGUUACGGGAGAUCUAGCAAGAAAUCUACCGAAUUGACUGAAACUUUCAAAGAUGAAAAUGAUAGGUUGCUUCCAAAUCAGCCGACCCAUGUGAGAGACAAGUCUGAUGAUAGUGACAGUGUGUUCGUCUCGGACAGUGACACGUUGAGUGAGAUCAGUGAAGGGAAAGUAAGCUCUCUGAAGGCAAAGAUUGAAAUGUUCUCCAAAGCGUGUUCAGAGAGCGACAAACCUAAACCACCAGUCAACAGAGGAAUGAAGCCCAAAGUGCCUCUGAGAACCUUUAGAUUACCUGUCGCUCCAGAAAAACAAAUCUUGCCUAAAGUUGAGGUGAAGGUUGUUUCUUCUGAGUUGACCGAGGCGAAGGCCGAUGAGCCCACUUUGACUGUUCCUAAAGAGAAAAGUCCUAGAGAAAGAGGAAAACUGGAUAAAAGCUUCAGCACUCCCGCUUAUGACUUUUCACCUGACUUGAGUGUUUCAGAAAAAAUAAGCAUGCUGAAGCAAAAGUUUCUGGCUGAUUCAAAAAUAGAAACCAAGUCUGAUUCAGCGUUUGAAGACUCGAAAAGCGAUGUUGAGUCUUUGUCAGGAAGAGACGAAGAAACAAAAACAAAUGACAAUUCAAUUAGCACAUCAAUACCUUCAAUUUCCGAAGAGCUCGCUGAUUCUGAAAAAGAAGUUCACGGACAAAUAGUUGAAACCAUCAACAAACAUCUUCUUACCCUCGAUUACGAAACUGACAGCGAACCUAAAUGGAAAGAUAAGAACACAACAGCCAAUCUGGACUCUGAAAAAGUUAUUGAGACUGAAGAAAAAAUCGGAAAAAUUCUUGAGACGUUGAAUUCUUCUGUGAUUGAGCGCAGGAAAGAAAUGGAGAGGGACGCGAAAGUAAGAAAAAACUCAACAGAAGGAGCAGACUUGUCUAAAACUAUCUCACAAGUUUGUAAAGAAGAGAUUCUUCAAACUUACAACCCAAGUGGAUUCGUCUUGACCAAACCUACAUCCUUGGAGAACAUUGCGGAACUGAAGCCGAAAAGUGGGAUUAUUCCUAUUCCACCCAGAGUUAGAAUCACCCCUCCAACCAUUCACGAGGAGAAACCGAGUUUACCUGAUGUUACUAUGAUUUCUCCGGUGCCACCAGAAACUCCUCGUAGGAAGCCGUUGUCAAACUUAGACUGUGUGGACAAACCGGUGGUGGUGCAAGCCCCUGCCACUUUCCCCAGACAGAAGGCGGAGUCUAGGAGACCUAUAACACCCCCUGAACCUCCCCCCCGUCCUACACCCCCUGCUCCAGCUGUUCAGCCAAAGGGAGCCUGCUACAGGGCAAUGAUGGUUGCCAAGUCUAUCAGUAAAACGGCCAAAGUGUCAAGUCCAAGGUCGCUAAGGAAAAAGAACCCGCUUUUGGCAAAACAUCGCAACGUGACUCUGAAGGAGCUGGGAGUGUGUGAAUGUGAGGGUUGGCUACAGCAGAGGUGUAGAAGAGGUUCAGGACAGUGGAACAGAGGCUGGUUUGUCAUCAAGAACACUACAUUCUACGGUUUCAAACACAAGGAGGCACACAAGGCAGAUGUGAUGAUCUCACUGCCAGGUUUCACCGUGUCUGAUGCGGAGGAGGUCAAGUCUCGCAAGUUUGCUUUCAAGGUUUACCACACGGGCACCAUGUUCUACUUUGCGGCUGAGAACCAGGAAGAGUUGUCUUUGUGGAUGGACUGCAUCACUGUUGCCACGAGGCCGACACACGAGACAUACAGCACAUCUCCUUUAUUCAGCGAGUCAGAAGGAGAAGGAUCAGGGGAAGAAGGCGGGUCAGGAUCUUGUUUCUCAAGCCCCAAGAUGAAGAAACUGGCAGGACUUCUGGGAUCUCCCAGUAAACAAGCCGGCUCAUCCAGUAGCACCAACACUCUAGAUAAAAAUAACGAGUCGGGAAAGAAGCAGUUUGGAUCACUGAAAAAGCAGCGAGGUGGAACAUCCGAGGGGGCAGAUGCUGGUGGUUCCAGCCUGGACAGGAAAUACCUCGGGUUCCUGGGACGAGGCACUGCAGUGCCGGUGCCGACAGCACAGUUCCGCAGCUACCGACGAGUGGCGCCGCCUCUACCUCGCUCUCACCACCAGUCUGCGGAGAGUGUUCUCACCCUGGACACAAGGAUGGAACUUCGCAGCAGUAUGGGCAGUUUCAGUGAGAUGUCACAGCGUAGUCCUAGAGGAGCUCCUCAAGUCAGUCCAGGACUACCAACUAGUCAGCCACUCCCUCCCGACAUGGCAGACUAUAGGUUGGCAUCACUGGCCAAGAACAGGAGGAGGGAUAACCAGGAACAGGACACGUCCGGAUUCGUCACCCUGGAGGCUCUGAUGUUGUCUAGGCAGGAGGAAGAGAGGCGCAACCAACAGAACUUGCUGCUUAACCAGCCUCCCCCUCCACCAGUGUCUCCCAGAGUAAGGCCAACACCCCAAGAGACCAACCCCCGCCCCAGAGUCGCUCCUCGGGUAGUGACACCCUCACCAGCGCCUCUGUCACAGUCUCGCCCCUCCCAUAGCAGGUCCACCUCAGCUUUCACAGAGGAGAGGGAUCGAGAGAGCAAUAGUGUCACUGUUGUCAGACGCAGCAGUUUCAACACUCCGUCGAGGCUACAACGACACAUGGACCUAGACAAUCAAGAUUAUAGAGACGGGUCUCCAGAGAAGCUGUGGAUCGACUCACUACGUCGCACAGACAGGAGGUAUCCCCCGACCCCUCGUCACAUACAUCAGGUACAUCCUGCGCCUACCCCUGCUGUGGGGACAAGACUGAAAAAAGCAGCGCUGUACCAGCCACCGCCCGUGUCCCCACUAGAUACGCCUGGUGGAGAGGGAAUGCAGCUGGCAUUUGAGAUGACCCUGGACCAGUCGGAGGCUAAACGUCGGUAUCAGAAGGUCGGUCCGACGCCAGCUACUCGUCUCAAAAACCUCUUCUCCGGCCGGUCAGAAAACAACCCCACGCAGAAAACCUUGCUUGGCUCCCCACGCCUACAUCGAGCUAUAUUCCGUGGCUCCAUGACUCGAGCAGACUCUAGUGGUGAAACUGUCAUCUCUCCCCCUUUGUCACCACCACAGGAUGUCAUGGAAAUACAGGUUACCAAUCCCACUGCUCCGGACUAUCCGGGUUUGGAAUAUCCUCCGGUGUUUGAGCCAGGAACUUACUCUCUGGCUGACGCGUCGUCUGUGCUACGACACCGCAACCGAGAAGCCCGGUGAUGUAAAAAUCGGCCCAUACGCGAGGGCUUGAUAUAGACAUGUAGCUAUACUUAGUUGUAGUGAUGUGUCAAAACCGAAUCUAGAGUUUACCGAAUUUCCAGAAACAGUUUAAAACAAAUAUGUUUAGUGGGGUUUUUGUUUGUAUAUUUUGAAUUUAAGGUCAAAUUUUCUAUCUAGUUCAACCUUACAUUCCCCAUUCUACUCCUUUCUUCUACUUUUUUAUUUAUGUAUUGGAUAGAGCACCUCUAUAUUCUAAUGGUCUUAGUUUAAAUUCUGCCAAUCACUAAUAAGUCAUAUGAUAUAGUUAUAUUGCAGUGGUUUGGGGCCUACCUUAGAAAUCUUAAAGCUAGGCCAAGUGUCCUAGGAGGGGGGAGACCUUUUAAAUUAUGACAUGUAAAUUUACCUUUUUUAAAAUGUAAAAUACAAACAAUUAUACCUUAUGUUGUUUAAGAUUUAGGAUCACCUUUAAGGAAAAUACAAAUCGUUUUUAACCCUUAGAGUGCCAGGCGAGAAAUAAAAGUAACGCUCAAAAAUGCCGAUGAUUUUUCCCGAAGGUCGCGCUAAAAGUGCCGAGCGCGAUCUGGUGAUUUUUAGGUUAAAAUUUCGUAAAAAUCGAAUUUUCGAUAUUUCGACCAACGAAAAUCGAUGUAUCGCAUCUAGUAACUUUCGACUCAAUGUUAAUAUAUGGGUUAAAAGAAUCCGAGUAUCCAUUCGGUUGUUAUGACAGCUGUUCGAUCAUUACGAAACGUCCGGUCAGCCGGACGUUGGCACUUUUGGCUCGUUCUAAAAACGUCCGGUCGGCCGGACGUUGGCACUUUUGGCUCGUUUUAAAAACGUCCGGUUCCCCGGACGUUGGCACUCAAAGGGUUAAAAUAAAGUAAUUAUUCCUGUAAAAGUUUAGAAAAUUAACGAAAUUAAAUUUUAUGAUUAUAUCUAGAUUCAAAAUUCUUCAAUUUGACCAUCACUGUUUACUAGGUUUAGCAAAGUUGAGCAGAAAAUGAGUAAAGAACAUGAUAGUCAAAGUCGAACAAAAUAUUCAUAUAAAUUGUUUGGGUUAAAUUUAUGAAAGAGUUUUAUCUAGUUUUAAUAGUUGACAGAGUCAUGUGUCAAAAUUUUGUGCCUUUGUAUGUUUUAAAGCUUUUAUGUUGGAUUGAUAAGGUUUUGUUUAGAUUGUUACCUUGUGUUUGAAACUAAAUAGCUUUAGUUAUACAGUUAGCCACUAAUACGAAAUUCUUAAAAAAUUUCUUAAACUGCAUUAGUAUAUAAUAUAUGGUACUCAUAAUGAAAACAAUAUUUAUCACUAAUGAAUUUGUUAUUUAAUGUUAUCAUUAAAGGUCUGAUAGUGAUAAGAAUAUUAGAACAGGUGAAAAGUUUUCUAAUGUUUACCAAUAGAACAGCUCUAAUAAUUUUGUACUAUUCGGUAUUCAGUUUUAGAGUGGUUAAACUGGCUGAUAGAUUUACCCAUCUCUUGAGCUUUUUAAGGCGAAACAAUUUCCUAUUUAGUAAUAUAAGAAAUAAUGACUAUGCUAAUAUUUUCCUUGAGCUUUUGUGAUUAUUUUAGUUUUCCUUUGUUAUAUUUAUAGAUAUUCUGUUUACCUAUGUUCUAAGCUAAGACUAAAGCCCGUCGCGAAUCGUAGACCUUUAUCGGUUAUUGGAUUAGCUUUUUAUGUUAUUUGGGCAAUAAUAUGACAAUCACUCUGAAUAUAGCUAGUAAACUGUGGAGAAUACUUCUGAUUACCUACUAAAGUUUGGUGUGAGUUGUAACUUAUAAUGUAUUUUAGGAAUCGUAAUGAGUAGACUCUCAAUUGGACACCUCUGAACCACUAUGUGUCCUCUUCCUUUUUGGUGAUAUUUUUAUAAGUACGUCAACUAAGCUCUCCAUCUUUUCUAAUCCAUUUACAGUUCUUUUUCCUCCACGAUCUGCCAUCUCACACUUUUCCUCACCUUUUCCAUCGACCUUUUCGUUAUCUCCUAUCUGUCACUUUCCCCUAGGAAUUAUCUCUUGAAUUCUUCUUACAUCAUCUUGCUUGGUUUUGUUUUUUCAACCCCUCCUUUAUUUUACUCUCAUCAGCCCUUUAAAUAUUCAUCUCUACACGUUAUAUGAAUCUAUAAGGACACAAAUUACAAUUUCAAAAUUAGUCUACUACAGUGAUUGACUAAAAACAAUCAAAGAAUACUGCAAUAUCAUCUCUUGCAUCGAACAAGUUGUGACUUGUUUAUUUUCGUAGUCUUGGACAAACGAGUGUGUGUGACUCGCAUAGAUGGCCGUCUGAACAAAACGUGCCAGAACAAGAGAGAGUCUACUGUUUAAUCCUGUACUUUGGUGUUAUAAAUACAUUACCACCUAUUAAUUCUAAAAUACUCACUCCGUGCCAAAAUAGUGUUCUAACUCUUGCAACAUGGAACACCAAAACUGUUUUAGAUGUAGUUGAUAAUCAUAUUCUGUCUUUCACUUCCUUCUUACUUUCAAAUUGAAAACGUAGUUGGGAAUUGUAUAUUUGUAUGAUUGUUGUCGUAAAUUAAAUAUAUUUAUGUGGAUUAGUUAACAAACUUGCCAUGUUUACGAGUUGUUACGUGUUAUUUAUCUUGAUCUUUUAUUCAACAGCUUAUAUUUGUAAAUUCUUGUGAUCCUCGAACUGUAUUGUGAUGUAAUUUUACUCAUUGUAUACUAUGUAAAUUUUGGUUUUCCAAGUAAAUAAUAAUACUGAGAGGUUUUAGAUAUUUUAUAUUUUAAAAUUGUUAAUACUAGUACAGUAGUCUAUAUUAGUUAGUAAGAAUUUUAUUCAAUAAUGUAUAUAAACAGUUUAGUUUAAAUAUUGUUUUAAACUAAGGUGCUAGCUAUAUAGUAAGUAAUAAUAAAUUAUCUAGGAUUUAUUUUAAAUAAGCAAUAUUUAAAGACUCAUUUGAUAUUAGCGUUAUUUAUUCUAUAUAGUUGUUUGUUAGUGUUUCCAUUUUAUUUAUUACGUUUGGGUAACAGGGACUUAGUUUAGAACAUAUUAUUAAAAAUUAUAUGUUAAACAACAAAAAACUAAAGAAUUAUAGAGAGAGCUGCUUAUAGACUUUGCUUUUGUAUACUAUCUCAAUUAUAUUUUAAGUAAUGUUUAAAGUGCCAUUAUUUCAAGUUUAAUUAAUUAAAGUUGUUUAUUAGGAAAAUAAAUAAUUGUAUUGAAGUAUAAAUUGUUAAUAGUGUUAUUGUUUCAUUAUUUGUAGGGCAAGUAAGAAGAAACCAAUAUCGGAACAAAAUAUAGUUUAUUCAGGAAAUGGUUAGACUGUUAUCAUAUUCACUUCCUUUGCAAUGUGAAAAGUCUCAGUAUACGUAGGAAAGAAACAAUGUUGUUGAAUAUUUGUUCUACAAAUGCUCUCGUCUGUUCUAUAAUACAACUAGUUUUUUAUUCAAUCUUAUUAUUUAUUCUAUUUUAGUUUUAUUCAUAUUUCUGCUUAAUGAAACAAUAAUUUUUAAGAACAAAAUAAUAUAAUGGUCUAACUGAUGAAUUCUCUAAAAACUAUUGCAAGUCUUUAGUGUUCUAAUAAUUUUGGUUUACAGUCCUGCAUCUUCUUAAGAUUCUUUAAACCUUUUUGCUGGACAAAUUUAUAAUUAAUUGCCAAUUGGGAAUUCCACGUUCUGAUUGCAAAGGAACUCUUCACAUAUACAGUAGAAACAAUGAACAAACAAACUUAAAUUGUUAAAUGUUAAAUGCUAGCCAACUUGGGUAAAAAAAGAAUCAUUAUAAUUUGAUUGAAAAUAAUUAUCUAUCUACAUGCAUUAAUUACCAACAAUAUUGGUUUUUAUUGCAAGAUUUAAGAGUAUUGGUAAUCAUAAAGUUAAAAUUUAUUGGACCCUUUCUUUCACUUAGUGUAUUUUAUUUUAUGUUUUCUCACAAAUUUAUGCAGCCUAUUAUAGGUGUCAAAACUCAUUAAAGAUAUUUUAAGGAAUCCUAUCCAAUAACUGUUAAUCAUACAUUUAUUUAAAUAAACUAAGUAUCCCAAAUGAGGAAAGAGUCAAAGUGUUAUACCAUCAUAUUUUAAGUUUAGUGUGUUUUGUAUAUUUUUUAUUUCUACAUAUUGUAGUUCCAUACAUAUUUUCUAGUACAAUAAAUAUUUUCUGUUGCGUA